AGAGAGAGCCCAAAGUAUCUAUUCUCUCUCUCUCUUUCUCUUUCUCUUUCUUUCUUUCUUUCUCUCUCUUUCUCUCAGCGCUCCAUCUUGGUAUCUGAUUGAGAGCACCCAAACCCUAGAUCGAUCGCAACAACGGAAGAGCUCCAGCUGGUAUUUCAUUUGUGACCACUUGUAGAGAUUGAUUGUUGCUCCAUAGAUGAUAAUCUGGCUGAAUUUCAAGAAGGAUAGGUGCAACGGAGGUUGAUAAUGUGAGAUUUUGCGUUGAAGCUAAGAAUAAGGCUAGGUAUUAUUGGUUUUCUUUGCAGAAGUCUCUAGUAUUUGUGCCUUGGAUGUCUUGUCUCACAUGCCCUGUUUCUUGAAUGGAUACCGGAGUUUGAGCUGUAGCUGGAAAUCUUAGUAGGAUGUCCACUUCGCAUGAGAAGUGGAUUGAUGGACUUCACUUCUCAUCGUUGUUCUGGCCUCCUCCCCAAGAUGAGCAACAGAGGCAGGCACAAACUAUGGCCUAUGUCGAAUAUUUUGGGCAGUUCACUUCAGAGCAAUUUCCAGAAGAUGUGGCCCAGCUAAUUCAGAACAAUUACCCUUCUAAAGAAAAGCGCCUUCUGGAUGAAGUAUUGGCCACUUUUGUUCUUCAUCACCCAGAGCAUGGGCAUGCUAUGGUUCAUCCAAUUCUUUCCUGUAUAAUUGAUGGCACAUUGGUUUAUGACAAGAAUGAUCCUCCAUUCUGUUCUUUCAUUUCUUUAGUGAGUCAAAGUACAGUGAAAGAGUUCCCUGAACAAUGGGCUUUGGCAUGUGGAGAAAUUUUGCGGGUGUUAACUCACUACAACCGUCCAAUUUACAAGACUGAAGUUCAAAACAGUGAAAUAGAGAGGAGUAGCAGUGGCAGUCAAGCCACAACAAGUGAUGCACAUGAAGGAGAAGCCUGUCAAUCAAUGGUUCAGGAACAUGACCGAAAACCAUUGCGACCUUUAACUCCAUGGAUUACAGAUAUAUUGCUUGCUGCACCUUUGGGGAUUAGAAGUGACUAUUUUCGCUGGUGCGGUGGGGUCAUGGGAAAAUAUGCAGCUGGUGGAGAAUUAAAGCCUCCUACAACUGCAUCUAGUCGUGGAUCAGGAAAGCACCCUCAACUUAUGCCAUCCACUCCAAGAUGGGCUGUUGCCAAUGGGGCUGGUGUAAUAUUAAGUGUUUGUGAUGAGGAAGUUGCUCGUUAUGAAAGUGCAUAUCUUACAGCAGCUGCUGUUCCUGCACUUCUGCUCCCUCCUCCUACAACCGCCUUAGAUGAGCAUCUAGUAGCAGGGCUACCAGCCCUCGAGCCUUAUGCUCGUUUAUUUCAUCGGUACUAUGCAAUUGCCACUCCAAGUGCGACACAAAGACUUUUGUUAGGACUUCUUGAGGCACCACCGUCUUGGGCUCCAGAUGCACUUGAUGCGGCUGUUCAACUUGUGGAACUUCUCAGAGCAGCUGAGGAUUAUGCAUCUGGCAUGAGGCUCCCAAGAAAUUGGAUGCAUCUGCACUUUUUACGGGCAAUAGGAACUGCAAUGUCAAUGAGGGCUGGUAUUGCUGCUGAUGCCGCCGCUGCUUUACUUUUCCGCAUACUUUCACAGCCUGCAUUGCUUUUUCCUCCAUUGAGGCAUGCCGAGGGAGUUGAAAUUUAUCAUGAUGCAUCAUCUCAUAAAAAACAGCAGGUGGAAGCUCCUAUAGCAGAAGCCACCACUGAAGCUACUGCACAAGGAAUUGCUUCAAUGUUGUGUGCCCAUGGCCCAGAUGUCGAAUGGAGAAUAUGCACCAUUUGGGAAGCUGCUUAUGGCCUCCUUCCCUUGAGUUCCUCCUCUGUUGAUUUGCCUGAAAUCAUAGUUGCAACUCCACUGCAACCUCCUGCUUUGUCAUGGAGUUUAUAUUUGCCUCUGCUUAAAGUUCUGGAAUAUCUCCCCAGAGGAAGUCCGUCUGAAGCAUGUCUCAUGAGAAUCUUUGUGGCAACUGUGGAAGCAAUUUUGCGAAGAACUUUUCCGCCAGCAACAUCCACUGAGCACGCCAGAAAGUCAAGUCAUCAUGGUGGCAUGUGGUCUACUGCUAAAAGCCUUGCUGUUGCUGAGCUUCGUACUAUGAUUCACUCAUUAUUUUUGGAAUCAUGUGCCUCCAUGGAUCUUGCCUCCCGCUUGCUGUUUGUCGUGCUGACAGUGUGUGUCAGUCAUGAAGCUUUGCCCAAUGGAAGUAAGAGACCCACUGGUUCUGAAAGUCAUUCUAAUGGUGCAAUUACAGAAGAACCUCAAACUGUCAAUGGAAAGGAACCAAACAGAUUUAAAACCAGGAAGAAGCAAGGACCUGUAGCAACAUUCGAUUCAUAUGUUUUGGCUGCUGUAUGUGCUUUGGCUUGUGAACUUCAGUUAUUCCCACUGAUCGCAAAAAAUGGUAUACAAUCAGAUCCUAAAGAUACUACCAGGAUGGCCAAGGGUAUAAAAAGUAAUGGAGUAACUUCUGACUUGCAAAAUGGCAUUGGCUCAGCUAUUUGUCACACUCGUAGAAUUCUUGGAAUACUGGAAGCUCUUUUCUCGUUGAAGCCAUCUUCAGUGGGUACAUCUUGGAGCUACAGUUCAAAUGAGAUUGUUGCCGCAGCUAUGGUUGCUGCUCAUGUUUCCGAGUUAUUUGUACGAUCAAAAGCAUGCAUAAAUGCCCUCUCCAUUCUGAGGCGAUGCAAGUGGGACACUGAGAUUUCAACCAGAGCAUCUUCAUUGUACCAUCUAAUCGACAUACAUGGCAAAACUGUUGCUUCCAUUGUUAAUAAGGCAGAACCAUUUGAAGCACAUUUGGUGCUCACACCUGCAUGGAAGGAGGAUACAAUGCGGUUAAGCACAAGAAAGUCAAUGGCUUCAGCAAGCAGUAGCAGCUCUGGACCAGAGAAUAAGCUACUCUUGCAAUCCAAGGGUAGUUCUUCGGGUGCAUUUUUAGAAUCUGAAAAGGCCAAAUUACUAAAUGAUGCUAUGUUGAGGACAACAGGGAAAAACAUGGCAAAUUUACCCGUGGAUGCAUCGGAUUUGGCAAACUUUCUUACAAUGGAUAAAAAUACAGGGUAUAAUUGUGGUGCACAAGCUCUUUUAAGAUCGGUCAUUGCCGAGAAACAGGAGUUAUGUUUCUCUGUGGUUUCCUUGUUAUGGCACAAAUUAAUUGCGGCUCCAGAAACCCAAAUGAGUCCUGAAAGUACUUCUGCUCAGCAGGGGUGGAGGCAGGUAGUGGAUGCAUUGUGUGAUGUUGUUUCUGCAUCACCAACAAAAGCAACAACGGCAAUUGUUCUCCAGGCUGAAAAGGAUUUGCAACCCUGGAUUGCUAGAGACGAUGAACAGGGUCAGAAAAUGUGGAUAAUCAACCAGCGCAUUGUAAAGUUGAUUGUGGAACUAAUGAGAAAUCAUGACAGCCCGGAAGCGCUGAUAAUUCUGGCAAGUGCUUCAGAUCUGCUCCUCCGUGCCACUGAUGGGAUGCUUGUCGAUGGUGAAGCUUGCACUCUACCACAACUAGAGCUCCUGGAAGUAACAGCUAGAGCAGUUCACCUUGUGAUUGGUUGGGGAGAAUCAGGCUUAGCAGUUGCAGAUGGCCUUUCAAAUCUUUUAAAGUGUCGUUUAUCUGCCACGGUCCGCUGCCUUUCUCAUCCAAGCGCACACGUCCGUGCUCUCAGCACGUCAGUUCUUCGUGAUAUCAUGCAAGGCAGCUCAGCCAAGUCCAGUAGCCUCAAAAACAAAGAAAGGAAUGGGAUUUGCGACCACCCGUAUCGGUGCAUGAGCAUAGGCACAAUCGACUGGCACGCGGACAUUGAUAAGUGUAUCAAGUGGGAAGCUCACAGCAGGCUCGCGACUGGAUUAACACUCGUGUUCCUUGAUGCUGCUGCCAAGGACUUAGGCUGCCUCCUUCCAUGUUGAUAAGCAUCCACAGAUCGAUUCGCUGCAGUAUAUAGCAUUUGGGGAUAUACUAGAUUCAUAUUCUGGAGCCCCUCUGCAGUCUGCUUCAUUCUAUGAUGAUGAUAAUCAUUAUAACAGCUCAGUAUUCACAAGACAUGGAAACUGAUUGCAUUUAUAAGCGCUUUUAUUUUUUUCUUUUCUUUUUUUUUUUCCUAUUAACUUAAAUGGUUUGAAGGAUUCAAAGUAGACUGAAGUAUAAGAUGUAGAUUAUGAUCACUGUUGUGUAGAUAGAUAAUUAAGCAACAUCUCAAUACCACAGCCAUUAAGUGCUGUGGAAACUACGGUUCUUUCAGUAUUUGGACCGGAAGUCUAUUUUUCAGCCCUUCUAAUUUGUUAUGACAUUCCAGCCUGAGUUAAUUCAGGUUGUGUUGUUGUUUGUUUCUCA